CUUUGCCGCCCACGCCCCGACCAUCCCUCAUUCGAUCAUUCCAUCCCGCGUAGUCAUAGGGUCACAAAUGGGGGCGAAGCUGAGAGCGCCCGGUAUCGCUGCCUACCUCGCCUAGCCUCUCCACAGAAAAGGCCACAAGUGAAUCAGCAAGAGUGAUGCUCGCCGAUGUUUACUCCCUGGAACUCAAAUGGAGGAUUAUUUUUCACGCAUACUAAACCUUGCUUGGAAAUUACGACAGCACUUGACACAAUUUAUAGAAGAUGUGUUUCGGUCCAUUGAUUGGCUCCCCCAACGCCAUGAAGUCCAGUUCUCUGCUUGCUAUAGAGAACUAUUGCCUGGUGUUGAAAGAUAUAUUCAUGGACAGAGUUCCGUGUUGUCCAUUAGUAAUACUACAGAAGAGUUGUCCAUUAGUAAUACUGCAGAAGAACAGGCUGCGGAUAGGAUAUCUGUGAGGGAGACUACAUUCAGCAAUGGCUUGUCCAGAAUUUGUGAAAGAUCAUACGCCUGCUGGUCUUCCUAUCGUUUGGUUGGCUUCAGAUUUGGACAAAGGCUGGCAUUCCAUGUGCGAGAAUUGUGCAGUCUCUUGUCAAAUGAGAUCCAUACCAAACUAACCAGGUUCUUGCAUCGAUUCUGGACAACACUAGAGGGCUCUUCUGGAGAUAUAGGAUGGUUGCAAAGAACUCAAAUGUCGCUUUAUUCAGUUGAUGGCACAUCUCGCUUUCAUGAGCUUUUGCAUGAUGUCAGAAAUGGCAUGCAUUAUCUGCCUAAUACGCUGGUCUACUUGCUCAUCCCUGGUCUUUUUAGCAACCACAGUCCACUUUAUUUUCUUACUACCAAAAGAUUUUUUUCAAAGAUGGGGCUUACUUGCCAUAUUGCAAAGAUUCAUAGUGAGGCAUCAGUGGAGAAAAAUGCAAGGGAACUGAAACUAUACAUCGAAGAGCUCUACUGGGGAUCUGGCAAACAGGUUUUGCUCCUGGGACAUAGCAAAGGCGGAGUUGAUGCGGCAGCCGCACUUUCGUUGUACUGGUCCGAGCUCAAGGGUAAGGUAGCUGGCCUAGCAUUGGUUCAGAGUCCAUAUGGUGGCACCCCGGUGGUUUCUGAUAUCCUUCGGGAAGGCCAGAUUGCUGACAAGGAGACGAGAAGGAUCACGGAAUUGAUAGUGUGCAGACUAAUCAAGGGUGAUAUGAGAGCCUUGGAGGAUCUCACAUAUGCCAGGAGAAAGGACUUCAUCUCCAGGCACAAGUUCCCCGUGGAUGAACUGCCGAUCAUCUCCUUCCACACGGAGGCCAGUACCGCCCCGACAGUGCUCGCCACACUGAGCCGCAUCGCCCAGGCAGAGCUCCUCCCGUUGCUCGCACCCUUGCCGCACUUCCUAUCCGAGUACGUGGAAUCGGUCUUCGCUUCUAUGAAGCUGCCUCUGGUGAUGCCGGUUUCGGCCGCAAUGGCGGUCGUUGCGCUCCACCUACGGCUGCGUUACGGGGAGAGGAGCGAUGGCCUGGUGACACGGCGCGACGCCGAGGUGCCAGGGUCCGUGGUGGUGAGGCCGGAGAGGAGGCUGGACCACUCGUGGCUAGUGUUCUCGACCCUUAGGAGGUACCGCGCUGAAGCUGACGCUACCGAGGUGUGUGAGGCCCUGCUGGCCAUGCUCGUCGAGAUCGGCAGGAAGAAACGUAGUUUGAUUGACAAUCUGCCAUGCUGAGGAGUGGGGAGAUCAUUGAAAAAAAAAAUCGCUCUGCUAGUUUGUUAAACACUAACUUUACUAGUAUAUAUAGUUAGCAAUGUGAUUCUCUCUCUUGAGAACGGAGAAGAAAUACACGAUGUCAAUGUUAUUUUGAGUUACAUAUUUUUGUGACUGAG